AUGGCCUCGAAUCCCUCAGCAGUCCUUCUUCGUAAACAGCUCGCAGAGUUUCGAAAGAGACCAGUCGAAGGUUUCUCCGCCGGACUCGUAGACGACAACGAUGUCUACGAAUGGGAUAUCACUAUCUUUGGACCAGCGGACACACUCUAUGAGGGAGCUUUCUUACGAGCUCGGAUGAGUUUCCCGGCCGAAUUUCCACUUCUGCCGCCCAAGCUCAAAUUUACGACUCAAAUGUGGCACCCGAAUAUUUACGCUGACGGUACAGUUUGUAUUUCCAUCUUACAUCCGCCUGGAAAUGAUGAAUACGGGUAUGAGGAUGCGGGCGAACGGUGGUUACCGGUGCACACGAUAGAGUCGAUCCUGGUCUCCGUUACCUCCUUACUCGCCUCCGAGAACCCGAACACCGAGUCACCCGCCAACAUCGAUGCCGCCAAGGAACUCCGCGAUGAUCCCGCUAGCUACAAGAAACGGGUCCGAAGGCUGGCUCGUAAAUCCGCCGAUGAUUGCUUUGAUUGA